AUGAAUAAGGACAUUACCUUAUGGUCAAAAUCCUGCAUUGAUUGUCAAUCAUCUAAAAUAACUCGACACGUCCACAUGAAACCGGCACAUUUUUUACCACCCGAAUCGCGUUUUAAACAUUUACAUACCGAUAUCGUCGGUCCCCUUCCCAACAGCGAAGGUUUCACGUAUCUGCUCUCUAUGAUCGACCGCUUUUCCCGAUGGACCGAAGCAGUGCCAUUACGCGAUAUUAGCGCUGAAACCGUAACAAGGGCCUUGUAUGAUAACUGGAUAUCUCGAUUUGGGUUUCCUGAUGUCAUUACGACAGAUCAGGGAACCCAAUUCGAGUCACGACUCAUGAAAAGUCUUGUCAGUCUACUCGGCUGCAAAAAGAUACGGACCACCGCUUAUCAUCCCGCAUCCAACGGUAUGAUUGAGCGGUGGCACUGGUCUGUAAAGGCGGCAAUCAUGUGUCAUGCAAAUCCAACCUGGACCCGAUCUUUAUCAACAGUCUUACUCGGUCUAAGAACUAAUCUAAUGAAAUGCGGUUCAUCCCCGGCCGAAUACGUAGACGGCACGACAUUACAGAUACCGGGCGAAUUCGUUUUGCCAACCGAUGAAAUUGUCGAUCAAAACGCGUUUUUAACAGAAUUCAAAAAACAUAUGAAUUCAUUAAAGCCAGUACCGGUUCAACACAAUGAUAAUCGCAAAGUCUUUGUCCACAAGGACCUUAGCACGUGUACUCACGUUUUCCUUCGUGUAGGCGGUUCGAAAAGGUCCUUAUAA